UUGUUGGAUUUCCCUAUUGCCUUUCAUGUUUCUUAUUUUUGCAUAUGUUUCAUCUCAUUUCAAUGUUUGCUGAACACAAGUACAGCACCAAAUAUAUGUUUGCUUUAAUAAUUUACAGAAACCUCACACUAAGAAAAAACCUGUUUCAAAAGACAAAAGAACUAAUUGCAGAAGCAAGACUACCAAUAAUGAAGAGGAAUCAGAAAAAAGUCCAAUGCCAGAAGAACAAGACAAUAGGAAAACAGUUGAGAAAGGAAAUGAAUUAAAACGUUCUCGGGAGAAUACUAAAAUAAAUGAGAAUACUGGAGUACAAGAAGAUACUAAAGUACAAGACAAAACUGAAGUACAAGAGAAUACAAAAGUACAAGGGAAUACUAAUGUACAAGUGGAAACUGAAGUACGAGAUUCUGAAGGACAAGAAGACACCGAAGAAGAAGAAGAUAAUACUAGAGAACAAGAUAAUUCUGAAGAAGAAGAUAAUGCUGAGUAAACUAUAAAGAAUGUUGAGAAAAAUAAUGAUUAAUAAAAAUGUUCAAUAAUUUCCCUCAAAAUCCUCUGGUUAAAUAUAUGUGACUUAUAAAAAUAUUAUUAAAUUCUUUGAUG